GAGGCAGUGGUGCGCACGUGACCGGAAGCGCUGGCGCGGUGAAGGGGUGGUCACGUGAUAGGAAGUGGCGGCAGCAUGGCGGGGUGCGGGACGAUGUCGGACUCAGAUUCGGACUCGGAGGGCUCCUCUCUCUCGGACUCGGAGCUGCAGGAGGCGUUGCGGAGCGGCGCGCUGAAACCGGGGCUCAACGUGGUGCUCGAGGAACGGCCCAAGCGGCGCAACGAUGUGGAUGGCCUAAAGCAGUGCCUGUCCGAGUUCAGGCAGCCCCUGGCAUGGGUGGAAAGGCUGGAUGUGACUUUGGGCCAGGUCCUGGAUCCCGUUUCACAGAAUGCUUCCAACAAAGACGCUGUGGACCCCGAGAAUGAUUUCCAGAGAGAGAUGAGCUUUUACCGGCAGGCACAGGCAGCCGUCCUGGAAGCCCUCCCCAGGCUGCGUAAGCUCCAAAUUCCUACUCGUCGCCCAGAUGAUUACUUUGCAGAGAUGGCCAAAUCAGACCAACAGAUGCAGAAGAUUCGGCAGAAGCUUAAGAGCAAACAGGAAGCAAUGGAGAGGUCUGAGAAAGCGAAACAGCUCCGUGCAAUGAGAAAAUAUGGCAAGAAGGUGCAAACUGAGAUUCUGCAGAGGAGACAAAAGGAGAAGAAAAAUAUGUUGAAUGCAGUCAAGAGAUACCAGAAAGGUCUCUCUGACAAGCUGGACUUUCUAGAAGAAGAGCAGACGUCGUCUAAAGGGAAUAAAAAAGGCAGUGCAAGUCAACGGACAAAGAAGGGGCCAAAUGCCAAAAGACGAUACAAGAACCAGAAGUUUGGCUUCGGUGGGAAGAAGAAGGGCUCAAAGUGGAACACAAAGGAGAGUUUUAAUGAUGUAUCCAGCUUCCGGUCAAAAGUGGCUCACAACAAAGGCCCAGGAAAAGCAGGCAAAGGCGGGAAAAAAGCCCUCAAUAAGAGACCUGGAAAGAGAGCAAGGCAGAAAAUGAAGAGCCGAGCACGCUAAGAGGACUGUGCUCCCUCCCUAGUGGGGGUUACUCUGUUUCUUUGUGUGACGAGAUGUGUUUCUGCUGUUGUCAAGCAGCUAAUGGUGAAGCAAGACGGAUACUUCCAAGUGGCAAGAAAAACAGUCAGUGGAAACUACUGCCUUAUCACUUAAUUUCUUCCUGCGGUCUGUUUUGUGGAAGGACUGUUUUUUACUUAAACCUUUGGGGUGUGAACGUAUUAAAUAGUUUGCACAGAA